UCUCUGCUACGAACCAUUACAACAACGACAUUGUGCUCCUCAAUUAAUUAACAAUAAAUAUUAAUUAACAGUAAUAACCAGUGCGUGUUAUUGAAGUAGUGCAUUAGUGGACCCACAACAGUGCUACAAUCCAACAAAUAUUCAAGUUCGGUGCACCUAGUAGGUACCGUACAUAUGGUCCUUCGAAGAAACAGCGGCCUGUGAGUGGUGAAGCAGCGAUCUGCGCGAAGCGAGCACGCACGCACUUUUUGGUGUAUUACUGCGAGUGAGGCGAUUUUUCAAGCACAAUAGCAGGAGCGAAGAAAAAAGAUUGGAGGUUUGGAGUGCGAAACAUUCAAAAAUUAUCAUUCCUCUCCCGAAAAUAAUUAUACAAAGCCAUCAAGAAUUCAGGAUAGAUGAGAAAGAAGCCAUUGGCCCAUUCAAAUUUCGCCGCGAGAAGUGCCACGCCCACGAACGAGCUCUACGACCAAUCACGGAGCGUUACAUCACACUGCAGUUGGUACUACUGUAUUCCCACCACGUCGCAUCGCAUCGUGCGUCCGAGUUCCAGUCGAAAAUUUUCACUGACGCCAUUUUGUAUCGUAUUGUUUACAUUUCGAUUGAAAUUUUAAUUUACUGAUAUUAUUUUGUUAAGUUCUAAUUUAAAAUACGUAGUUACCAUUAGUAUUAAGUUUAAUAAGUGUAACAAACCAUGGCAGAAUCUGAUAAGAUGUGUGAUAGCGACAAAAGUGGAAAUUACGUAUUGCAACGUGGUUAUCUAAAAGCCACGAUUACACGUUUAUAUAAAGACGUGCAAGAUGGAAACUUAGAUACCCAGUCGUCUCAUGCCUAUCAACUGGAACGGGACGCGAAGGAGGACCCAACGGUGACUCAAUUUCUGGGCUUCUUGGAAAAGCGUGCAUUAGCUAUGGAGAAUGCAGGCUCCCCAUCAACUACAACAAAGGCGAUCAACGCGGUGACGAGGGAGAAGCGAGGAUGCAUUUACUGUGCUGCUUCCGGCGGAGGUGAGCAGCGAGACGCCGAGCUUUGCUGCCUGCGCUCACUGCGCGGCCCCGCCGCCGCGCACGCAGUCAGCGCGUCUCCUGCCGCCGUCGUCUGAGCAGACCAGCGCGUCGCAGCCAAGCCAGAGGGAGGAGGGCGUACCUUGUAUACUUAAUACACAAUUUGGUCAUAUUAUUGGAGGCUGUUUGCCUCACCAAUCUGAGGUAACGAAUGUUGUUUCACUUUUAUGCACAAAAUGUUCUUCUGAUGUAGAGACAUCUAUCGCAAGGUUUUGGGAUAGCGAAAAAGUGCCAGAGAUCUUUACUGAAACACAAUCUGAGCAUGAUAUGGUAGAAAAGCAUUUUCAAAAAACUGUAAAAUUGGAGAAUGAUAGGUUUACAGUAGAUUUACCUUUGAAAGUGCCGAUACAUGACAUUAAUGCGACUCUAGGGGACUCCUUUGAUUUGGCGCUAUACCGAUUUUUAAAUCUUGAAAAAAAGCUUCAUAAAAAUAUUAAUUUGUUGACAGAGUACCAAAACUUCAUCCACCAAUAUGUGGAAUUGGGCCAUGCACAUUUUGUGGAUUUUAAAUCAUUAAAUUUUAACACAGAUCCACUCUACUUCCUUCCCCACCACGCGGUAAUCAAUGAAAGUAGUAAAACAACACGAACUCGCGUUGUAUUCGAUGGAUCUAUGAAAACGAAAAAGAAGGUUUCUCUCAAUGAUAUCUUACUCAAUGGUGGGGUGGUACAGAGGGAUCUUUUUGAAAUAAUUUUAUUAUACAGAAUUGGAGAUUUUACGUUCAACACGGAUAUCAAAAAGAUGUUUAGAAACAUUCUAGUCAACCCUGAGCAUGCAUCAUUGCAGAACAUCUUAUGGCGUGAUCAACCUAAUCAGCCUAUUAACAUUAUUCGGCUAGAUACCGUUACAUACGGCCUAAAAACCUCGAGUUACCUCGCCACACGAUGUCUGCUUGAACUAGCGAACUUGCACGAAACCAGCUUUCCUUUAGCUUCAUUUAUCAUUAAAAACUGUGUGUAUGUUGAUGACAUUUUGUAUUCAAGUUCAAAUUUAUCCAUUUUAUUGGAAGCGAAGGCACAGCUUGCAGGUUUGCUUAGUUUGGGUGGCUUCGAAAUGCAUAAAUGGUCGUCUAAUUGCGAAACUAUUUUGGCUGACAUACCCAUGGAAAAAAGACAGGUAGAUAUGAUCGAACUGCAAAAAGAAAAUUAUAGUAUAAAAGCUUUAGGUUUGACAAUUGACUCUAAAAAAGAUUGUUUCAUCAUAAAAUCUCCCGAAAGCCUGUCUCGAGCGGUAACAAAGCGACAAAUUCUAAGUCACAUUGCUAGCUUUUAUGACCCACUAGGUUUCAUUUCACCUAUCAUUGUUAGGGGGAAGGCGAUUAUGCAAAAGUUGUGGUGCGAGAAAAUAGGUUGGGAUUCCGACCCACCGCAACAGCUAAAGGGUGAGUGGGCUGACUUUGCAAGCAGCUUAGCCGCUAUGAAACCAAUUCUUUUAGACAGGAACAUACAGGUGCCGAGCGACGCAAAAGCCGUGCAACUCGUUGGCUUUGCCGACGCUUCAAGCAGCACAGGCUACGGUGCCUGCUUAUACUUACGAGUAGAAGACAAAUCAGGUAAUGUUACCAUGUCCUUACUCUGUUCGAAGUCCAGAAUAAACCCACGCACGAAGUCACUAACAAUCCCACGUCUUGAGCUUAAUGCUAACUUGUUAUUAGCACGACUUGCACGUAAAGUGUAUGAUACACUGCAAAUAAAACUCAAAAUUGAUGACGUUUAUUUAUUUUCUGACUCACAGAUAGCUUUGUCGUGGAUUUAUACAAAUGUAAUAAAAUUACAAGCUUAUAUAUCGAACAGGGUAAGAGUCAUUCAACAGUUGACCAAGAGAUGGCGCUGGGGCUACGUCGACACACACGAGAAUCCCGCAGAUUACAUCAGCCGAGGUCUGGACCCGCGAGAACUUCCUUCCUGCAGUAUGUGGUGGGACGGGCCAGAUUUUCUGAAACAAAGGGAGUACAUAUUUAAUGCUAAUAUACCUAAAAAUACGGAGAACUUACCUGAGUUGUGUGACGACGACCGCGAAGCUCCUCCGCGCGGCAACGACGAUGCUCUUACCGCCCCCUCCGCCGACGUGGUCCUCUGCACCCUGAAAGAAAAACAAAUUUUUCAGUUAGUAGAAAAAUAUUCAGAUUUGAAUAAAAUGACGCGAAUUUUAGCAUACGUCAUACGCUUCUGUAACAAUUGCAAGCCAGGUAAUAUUAAAUCUCGAUCGAAACACAUAUCGAGCGACGAAUUAAGGCAGGCGCUAGGUAUAUUGAUUAGGCACGAACAAGAAUAUUAUUGUAAGGACGAGAUACGUGCACUGCAUAAAGGUGAGAACGUCAAAGGCUCUCUGAAACCUCUACACCCUUUUAUUGACGAUACAGGCUUGUUACGUGUAGGAGGAAGGCUUCAUAACUCUGCAGUACCUUACAACCAAAAACAUCCUAUUAUAUUGCCCAAAGGUUCUAAAAUAACCAACCUUAUAAUAUACCAUGAGCAUCUUAGAAUGCUUCACGCUGGCCCUAAGCUAUUGUUAUCACAAUUAAAUCAAAAAUAUUACCUCGUUAAUGGUUUGCGCCAAAUCAAGAAGAUAACAUAUUCAUGCUUACCUUGUUUCAGGAUGAAAGCAGCUUGUGCAAAGCAGCUGAUGGGUUCGCUGCCUAAGCAGCGCGUAACCGCCUCCCGAGCUUUUCAAGUUGUCGGGAUAGACUUUGCUGGGCCGGUACAAAUUAAAAAUUCUAGAGUCAGACGAGCAUUAGUCACAAAAGGUUACAUUUGCGUAUUUGUUUGCUUUAUUACAAAAGCUAUACAUUUAGAAGUGGCUUCUGACCUAUCUACAGACACAUUCUUAGCGUGUUUUAAGAGAUUUAUCUCACGACGUGCUAUGCCCACUGAAGUUUUUUGCGACAACGGAGGUGCCUUUAAAGGCGCGGCUAACCAUCUAGCUGACUUGUACAAGCUUAACAGCUCAACGAGCCAUCAAACACAGGUGCAAAAUUAUUCAUCACAAAUUGGUAUCAAAUUUAACUUCACACCUAGCUACUCGCCCGUGUUUGCUGGCCUCGCUGAAGCUGCAGUAAAAAGCAUGAAAUAUCAUUUAAAAAGAACACUGCAAAAGAGUAUACUUACUUACGAGCAGCUUCAUACGGUUAUAUGCCAAAUAGAGUCGAUAUUAAACUCACGUCCGUUAAUGCCCGUGUGUUCAUCGGAUUCCUCUGAUUUUAGUUACCUCACGCCGGGUCAUUUUAUUGUGGGUUGUCCACUCACCUCGUAUCCUGAGCCAGACAUUUUAGAAGUCCCUAGUAAUAGGCUUAAAUUUUGGAAAAUAGUAGAAAAUAUGAAACAGUCCUUCUGGAAGGUAUGGCACAGGCAGUAUCUAAACGUUUUACAAUCUAGACCCAAAUGGCGUGACGAUUUGCCUAACAUUUGUGUAGGAAAAAUGGUAUUAUUGAAAGAGGCGAACUCUCCACCUCUGUAUUGGCCACUGGCGCGUAUUUCUAAGGUUUUUCCUGGCAACGAUGGCAAAGUGCGAGCACUUGAGGUAACCACCUCCAAUGGUAAAGUAUAUAGUCGCUCACUUUCAGGUAUAUGUUUAUUACCCUUCGACUAAUUCUUUCAUCGACGAUAACUCGAAUUUAUCUGCUUUUGCCAUUUAUGUUAUACUAUAAUUUUUAUAUUUUACGUUAAAAAUAUUUUAUACUUCUGUAAGUUAAGUUACAAUAAGUACGAAAAGAAAACAUUCCUAAAUUUGGUAUUUACUUAUUGUCUACUCUUAAGAAAUGGUGACUUACCGUUAUUACAAAUAAGUAUGUGUUGUACUUAAUAAAGAUACAUAUAUCAAUAGCUCUGUGUUGUAACAGAUUAUGUUGGAGCUUUCUAUUUUUCACACAUUGAUUUUACUUGUUUUACAUUUACUUGUCUUUGAUGUGUGCAUUUCAUAUGUGUAUACCUUUAUGUUAUUUAAAACUACAUGCUUAUUCUUAUAACAACUGAUUUAUGAAAAUGGUUUAGGUGACAUUUGAAUUGUGAACAUGAUCUAAGUACAUUUAAGUACCUAUAUUGAUAAUGUAAAAUAGAUAUAACUAGGUAAAUAGUAGUACUUAGAUUCGCAUUCCGUGGGGCGCAGCAUGUUGGCAACCCAACAAAAUUACUUUUUUGUUAUAUUUAAUAUGGCAAUAAUUCUGUGUCUCUCUCUCUGCUACGAACCAUUACAACAACGACAUUGUGCUCCUCAAUUAAUUAACAAUAAAUAUUAAUUAACAGUAAUAACCAGUGCGUGUUAUUGAAGUAGUGCAUUAGUGGACCCACAACAGUGCUACAAUCCAACAAAUAUUCAAGUUCGGUGCAC